AUGGUCGACAGCGCUGGUGCCAUGAUCGUCGAGACCAUGAUGCGGUUGAAUCCUGUUGCGGAUAGGACGUCGGUCACGGCUCAUUUGCGGCUGGCGGUCCAGUCUUUGGAGUUUUCCUUGUCACAUGGCUGGGCGAAUGUUACUAGCUCUGUUUCUGGCGUGAAGGUGGUGAUGUUAUCUGAGUUGGGGUCAUGGCGAGAAUGA